AUGAAGAGCAAGAAGAAGAUAGGCGUAGUGGUAGCGAUAGAUAUAGGGAAGGAGAUAGAGAUAGAGAUCGAGAUAGACACGGAGGAGGUGGAGAUAGAGACGGGAGGGAAAGGCAAAGGGAAAGGUAUGAUAGAGAUGAGAGGCAUAGAGAUACACAUUAUAAUGUUGAUGGUGACGACAGGGGAAGGCGUACAGAUCGAUACAAUAAGCAUAAGAGAGAUGGGUAUGAAGACAAUGGAGAUGUUAAGGAAGAUGGUUAUGAUAGGAGAGGGCAGGGUUUCGAGAGUGAUGGACACCGGUUGCUUUGUUCAGUUGAAUGAUUUAAGAGGGAAGGAGGGUCUGGUUCACGUUUCACAAAUGGCAACUCGGCGAAUUAGCAAUGCUAAGGAUGUGGUGAAGAGGGAUCAGGAAGUUUAUGUGAAGGGAAAAGAUUUGCUCCCCUUGAAGAAGAGCUCAGAGGAUGAUGCUCUUAGGACGAACCAAAGGAUGGACCUGUGA